AUGGGAGCCGAAACGGUUGGGUCCAAGGGCGACCUUUCAGCCAACGGCCGAAUCUGCCAGGCCGUCUACGACCAUUUCUUCCAUAUCCCUUACGAAUCCUCCCUUCUUCCGCUCGCUCGCUUGCUUGCGCCAUUUUUGACUGAAUCCGUCAGGCUAGACGGCGACUACAACGUCUUCUACCAUUCUCUCGUCUCCUCCAAAAAUCUGGGCGCGCCGACCUCCGCCUACAUUGGGCAAGGCUUGGCGGGGAAAGGGGGCUCCAAGCCCCUGCCCUCCCCCUCGCUCCUGCCUCUUCCAUUCUCUCGCCCCAUUUUCACCACCAUCCUUCCACUCUCUCACAAACUCCCCCCCACCAUUCCAUCCGCCCCUUCCAUUCUCUCUUCUACUCCCCACUCUCGCCUUCCCCUGGGCCAUCACCCUUACGUUCCUUCAGGGGUGGUGGAGGCGCAUCUGAACGGCUCUAAUGCUGGCCUCGCUGCUGCCACCAACUCCUCAGGCUCCCUUUCUCUUGCUGUCUUCCAUUCCUCACCUCCCCCUCCCUCCUUCCCUCAGUCUCUCUCCUUCCCCUAUUUCUCCCCUCAGUAUCUCUAUUCUCCUCUGCCCUCUCCCCUCAUUCUCUCACCCUCCCCCGCCGCUCCCCAUUCUACCCUCACUUUCUUCCAGUCUCAUACUGCGAAUUGUGGCCCCUCCAUACGCACCUGCCCAUCCUCGGCCCAAUGUCUGUCCCUCCUUGUCCCUCCUUGUCCCUCCUCGCCCCUCCUUGCCUCUCCUUGCCCCUCCUCGUCCUCCUUGCCCCUCCUCGCCCCUCCUUGCCUCUCCUUGCCCCUCCUCGUCCUCCUUGCCCCUCCUCGCCCCUCCCUUGCCACCCUCCCCCUCAGCAACACCACGACCAACAACGCAACGACGACAUUCUUUACAGCGACGCUGUGA